AUGGAAAAGAAACUUCAAGCAAAAGAUGAAGUCAUUGAAGCAAAAGACAAAAACAUUCAGAAAAGAAUACCACGUUCGGUACCAAAAGGAAAGGAAAAGAACUAUAAGUAUAUGAUUUAUACUGAAGAGAUGGAAAAUGAAGAAGAUAAAGAUAUGGUUAUGUUGCAUUUAGUCAGAAGAAACAACAAAAGCUUUUACGACCUUGCUAAGAUUUACAAAUCUGACAGAAAUUGGUUCUAUCGCGAAAACUUACCGAUUUCAAUGACUCCAAAUGAAGAUGUGAAACAAAUAGUUCAAGAUACGUUACCUCAAACACACUAUGAUAUGAAAGGUUGUACAAUACUUACAUUCAAAGAAGACUUGCCAUUGUUAAAGGAAAAAAUAACAGAGUAUUUUGACAACUUCAAACAAGUAGAGUAA